GAAAUCUGUUUAAGGGCCCUCAGCAGAGUUUUGUUUUUACAUUUUGAGAAUUCGAAGGGAUCUGUGGGUACUCGACUCAGUGCUUACAGCACAGUGGCCGAUGCUGCACAGUGAUGUGGUCAGACGUAGUAGGCUGUCAAUUUCUAUGAGCGGGCCAGGAGCGGGGAACGGGCUUUCGGUGCAGCAUGGCGAUGUUUGCAUCUUGUGCUUUGCCGUUCUCAUGACAGUCGCGCCGUCGGCGGGGACGUUCUGAAACUAUUGUGAUCCGAGCUGCUUCGGCUCAGAGCGUUCUGCUCAUCGAACCUGCACUCGGCCUCCAGCUGGAACCUCUGGCGCCAUGCUUGCGAAGUCUUGCCUCGCGCUGCUGGCCCUGACCGCCGCGGGCCUGGAGGUUAAGGAGGUCAGGUCCCACGAGGGAAUGCCGCCCUUCGACGCCAGGUUCGACGUCGCGCUGAAGGGGAACCUCCAGGAGAACGCCAGCUUCACCGUGCGGGUCCACCCGGAGUGGGCGCCGCUGGGCGCCUCGCAGUUCAAGAAGCUCGUGGAGCAGGGCUGGUUCGACGACGCCGCCGUCUUCCGCGUCGUGCCCGGCUUCAUCGCGCAGUUCGGGCUGCCAGCGAAGGCGCAGCCCGAGCUCGCGAACAUCAGGGACGACCCCGUGCUGAGGAGCAACAAGCGCGGGACCCUCGUCUACGCCACGGCGGGCCCGAACACGCGCACGUCGCAGCUCUUCAUCAACUACGGCGACAACGCGUUCCUGGACCGCCAGGGCUUCGCCCCGUUCGGGGAGGUGCUGGGCGACGGGAUGUCCGUGGUCGAGAAGUUCUACAGCGGCUACGGGGAGCAGCCCGACCAGGGCAGGAUCACGAGGCAGGGCAACGUCUACCUGGACGCGAAUUUCCCGAAGUCGACGAAGUUCACCAAGGUCUCGAUCCAGGCGUGAGCGGUCAGUGGGAGGGCGGGAAGCCAGCAGACAUGGUCUAGCACCAGGCGUCCACGGACGGUUUCUCCACCGUUUCCCGGCCCUAGCCCCCCCCCCUCUGGCGCGCCGCCAGGGGCGCCCUCAGCGCCCAGCGCCGGGAGGGAGCUGCGGCGUGGUGCCAGUUGAGGAGCGCCGUCCGCGGACGUCUGACGCUGUGUGUUUGCUUGUGCUUGCGACCUCCUGUCCAGAGCUCCUUUGGGAAGCACCGACCUUUGACAAAUAGUCUCGCUCGCAGUGGCCAGGAGUUUCCUGGGCGCGAUGCCCCUGCGACCGGUGCACGGCGCAGAGACGUCUGCGCAUCCGUCAAAAGGGAUGGGAGUUGUCGAUUCGAGAUGGUCGGCAAGCGUCUAAUCAGGCUGGGGGAAGGAUCGCUCGUGG